AUGGCUCAGAAGGAUAUCGAUAUGUCUGACAUUGAUCCCGCGUUGUGGAUAACAUCCGAAACUCACUCAUACAACGAUUGUUCUGAAGAAAUGGAAAUCGAAGAGCAAUACGCCGUAGAUGACCUGUGCGCAUCUUCAACACGCGCUUCUUCCUACAAGCUCCUCUUUGGAGGGAACUACUCCGACAUAUCGAUCGUCUGCCGCGGUCGCGAGUUCAAAGUCCAUCGUGCUGUUGUAUGCACUCAGUGCGAAUGGUUCGAGAAGGCAUUCACAAGCCCGCCUAAGAAGCGCACCAUUAGGAGUGUGGCUCUUGAUGAAGACCCCGAAGUCUUUCAGCAUUUGCUCGAGUUUCUCUACACCGGAACAUACACUGCUCAAAAGCCCUCAGUAUCGGAUGAAGCCGAGAGAGCGAAGGAGAUUCAAGACAGACUUGAAGGUCAUCCACGUUGCCCCAUCGCCAAAGACAAUGUGCCAGAGCGCCCUGUCAGACGAUCAAAUAGGUUAUUGUCAACUGCACCCGCCACGACACAAACAGAACCCUCAGCCAAAUCAUCUGAAAGCUCACCACUCGAACUAACCCUUGCGAUGAAUCUCUUCUUCGUGGCUCAAAAGUUCAACAUUCCCGCUCUUCAACUCCUCUGCCGAGAUCGUUUCUACACCGCUGCCAGAAACCGCUGGGUCAGCAAGACGUGGACCAACUGGGAAGCUACCAAGGAGUUUGAAGACGUUGUGCUGGAGGUCUACGUGUCUACCGAGGAGGUCAACACGCCGUUGUGGAAGGCUUUAUGCAAGUUGAUUUGUGUGAAGAAGGAUGGUGAUAAGAUGAAGGAGAGGAUGCUGGCUGUCAAGGGGGAGCAUAUUGAGCUUGGUGCUGGUGUUGCAAGGUACAUGCUGGAAAUGGGUGGCAGCUAG